CACUCUUCCGCCCUGUCCCUUUCGUGCCUCCCCCGGAAGGUGUGUGAGGGAGACUUUAAGCCCCGCCUCGUCCUCCGCUGUUGAGAGGAGGAGCGGGCUGACGAGAGGGCGUCUGCCAGCGAGCAACGGACGUGCCGCCGCCGCGUAACGCCGCUAUCCUCGUCUAGCCACAGGCGGCCCGCAGCUACAGGGAGGCCGCGUGAGCUCCCCUCACCGCGCGGGUACUGUCUCUCCUGCUUUUCCUCAACUGGUCCUCCCUCAGCAGUCAUCAUCAGCCUGACAGCCUUCAGCCCAAGAGCUUACUUUUUCUUUCAAUGAAACCUGAUUAAACCUCCAGGCAGAGAAUUGCUGUAUGCUAUCAUAAAAGCUCUUCAACGUUUAGGGCGGAAUGCUCUUUGGUCUUCAUUUUCCUUCAGAUCCACAGCCUGACCAAUGAUCCUUCAACAGUGGGGUUUUUAUCCUGACAGUGUGGCAGCAACUUUAAUGGUUCACAGGUGGAGGCCAAUGGUUCUUUGUGUGAAAUACCUGAAAUUCAAAAAUGGCAGCAAAUAAGCCCAAAAGUCAAAAUUCUUUGGCUCUGCACAAAGUCAUCAUGGUAGGCAGUGGAGGUGUUGGAAAAUCUGCAUUAACACUGCAGUUCAUGUAUGAUGAGUUUGUGGAAGAUUAUGAGCCUACCAAAGCAGACAGCUACAGAAAAAAGGUAGUCCUGGAUGGGGAAGAAGUCCAGAUAGAUAUAUUGGAUACAGCAGGGCAGGAGGAUUAUGCUGCAAUUAGAGACAACUACUUCCGAAGUGGAGAGGGUUUUCUCUGUGUAUUUUCCAUUACAGAGCUUGAAUCUUUUGCAGCUACAGCCGACUUUAGAGAGCAGAUUUUAAGGGUAAAAGAAGAUGAGAAUGUUCCUUUUUUGCUAGUCGGUAACAAAUCAGAUUUGGAAGACAAAAGACAGGUUUCUGUAGAAGAAGCAAAAAACAGAGCUGAUCAGUGGAACGUUAACUAUGUGGAAACAUCUGCUAAAACGCGAGCUAAUGUUGACAAGGUAUUUUUUGAUUUAAUGAGAGAAAUCAGAGCAAGAAAGAUGGAAGAUAGCAAAGAAAAGAAUGGAAAAAAGAAAAGGAAAAGUCUAGCCAAGAGAAUCAGAGAAAGAUGUUGCAUUUUAUAAGUUCCAAACUCUCUUCGUACCUUGACCGUACUAAUAAAAUCCAUAACUUAUAGCAUGCCAUUUGGAGGCUCCUAUGACUGAAAUUACUCUUAACGGUUUGGAAAUUGUAAUGUACCACUUAAAGCAUGAAUUGGGACAGCACUGAAAGUCUUUCACUGAAAAAGUUUAAUGUGGCUUUGAGAGGCAGAAUUCAACCGAUUUCAUAACUUGCUGCCUCUCACCAUGGUUCUUCUGAAUGUAGAGGGUUUUUUUUAAUGGGCAGUCUCUCUUGAACUGUAAACAAAACAUUACUUUAUAUGGUUUCUCCUAAAGCAUACAGUUUUAUAUCACCAAAUCUUCACUUUGUCUUCUACUGCCUUGGAAACUACAGCAGUGGUCAAAACUAAGCAAAGGUAGUGUAUAUAUGGGGGCUUUUUUGCUGUUAUAAAAUUAUGCAAAUUAGAGAAGAGAAAAUGGCUCUGUUUUCUGCUUCUAUUGGGAGUCAUUUAUACAUCGAAUUAGCCUAGACAAAUGGAAUAAAUAUGGUAUAAUAUUUGAAUAUGCCUUAAUUUAAAAACUAAAAAAGUUAAUGUAGUUAAGGAUAUAUCUUCCUUGUGAUGCACUGAGGAGUGUGCAUCACUGUGAAAUUAUAUCCUGUGUGAAGUGCAGUUUUUAUGAACAAUUUUUGCUAACUAGCUGUAUUCUAGCAGUAUAUCUGAUCAGAAAAGUGUGCCAUACUCUGGGUCUUGAAUAAUCCAGAGCAUACUAUUAACCUGUGAUUCAGUGAAGAUUGCUUAUGCUUACAGUGAAAGGGCCGGCAUACACAUCUGACAUUUAAUUUAAAAAGAGGGUAAAACACACUUCAGUCAGAAGUUGUCACUUAUUCCUUAAUGCACAGAUACUGACACUGACCUCUGGCAACUAAUUAAUUUGGAGAAGGUAUCUUCCUUAGUGUGGGGUAGAAUGCGAGACACAUAGUUGCUGAUAGUUAUAUAUGAAGAGCACAAAUUGGUCUUGCUCUUAGGGAUGUCUGGAAGAUACUGAUAAAAUGUCAGUUUUCUUGUGUUGCUCCAGUCUAAGCUUUUCGGAAUGUAAGCUGUGCAUUACUUAAUGGAAAAGCAUUAUAGCUCCUACUUCUGAUUAAUAUCAAUUUGCUAACCCACCACACUUUUCAGUAUAGAAAUAUUGACCAUGUACUUCCAAAAUCCCUCAUCAAUACACUAAAAAUGUCAUUGACUAGCACAUUUGGUAUGUGGAAUUGAGUUAAAGAUAAACCACUAUGAGGCUUUUAAGUUUCUUGGGUGUUGGGGUAAAGAUUAGAUCAGUUCCAAAAAACCUUCUUAUAUACAUGUGUAAAUUUAUGAAUUGACAGUUCAAGAUGUGUCUGAGCAAACGUGUAUUUAAUAUGCUAACAAGUAAACAUUAGGAAUGUGGCUGUUUAGACAACACUUGUUUAUCAAGAAUUUUCGUAUGUACAUUCUCCGGUAGAUGCUUCCUUGUGCAGAAUUAGUUUUUCAUGUGCCUGACCAGGCAGAUCGGUCCUCAUCUUAUUGUGUAUUCAUUUUCAGUCUGUCUAACCAGGGAGUUUAGCCACUAACAUUUAGUUUGUGUAAUGGGAACCAAGGUGUUAUGAAGCCAAUGGACACACAGAAACAAUUGUCAUAGGCUGAUGCCUUACCAGAUUCUUUUUAUUUGCUAUUUGAGCCAUUGACUAUGAAUAAACUUGCAUUUUUUUAAA